UGAGAUCUCCUCUCAAGUUUUGACCAAAUCACACACCGACUGUCUGCUGUUCAUUUGACGUGGACAUCAGCUUGAAGAGCGGCUCAGGGUCUCAGCUCGUAUCCGGACGAAUAAAACAAAAUGCCUGGACCAGCAGCAAGUGCAACCAAUGUUGGGGCAUCCAGCCGUUCCCCCAGUAAGACAGUGGCCCCCCGUGCAGCAGGAUCCACAGUCAGACAGAGAAAAGCAACCAGCAGCGGUACGCGCAGCGGUGGCAGGACCACGGGAUCGGCAGGCACCGGCGGCAUGUGGCGCUUCUACACAGAAGACUCGCCAGGCCUCAAAGUCGGUCCGGUGCCAGUGCUGGUGAUGAGUCUGCUCUUCAUCGCUUCGGUCUUCAUGCUGCACAUCUGGGGGAAGUACACCCGCUCUUAAAGUCCGCAUAAUGACCUCUGACCCUCGGCUUCUUAACACAUUGGACCUGGACCAAACAACAAAUAAACAACGACCCGACUCCCCUGCUUCCCUUCUGCACCAUCACUACAACACACAGACAUUUUUUUAAUGCAGCCAUUUCAGUACAUGAUCUGCACUGAUGGUAUCCGACUUGUUGCUUUUGCCCUUACUGUGUUUUUAACAUCUGAUGGGGGUAAACGAGAGGAGGCCACGCUAGCCCGCCUCAGAUAUAAUGUCUGUGUGUGUCUGCGGCCCUCCCUCCAAACAGCAACAGCAGCAUUUUUCCUCCACUGCUGCACGAAGGUUCGGUGCAGCGCUCAAGGACGUUGUUGUUUUCAGGCCCCCAGCAAACAUUUCUUC